UUUCUUCAUUCUUUCUUGACUCACUGUCCUUCUUUUCUUUUCUUUUCUCUUUUGUUGCCCAUCUCCUCCUUCCCACUCACUAGCCAGCUCCAUCGCCACCAUCCACACAUCCGCUGUAUUUGUGUGCCCUGACAUCCCCGCAUCCCUAUAUUACACCUCCCUCGCUCCUCAUUCUUCGCCACCAACCACCCCUCUACAGCUACUAUGGAAGAUAACAACGCCCAGAACAUGCCCAUCAACUGCGCCAAUGGGUGUGGUUUCUACGGGAAUCCCCUCAACAACAACAUGUGCUCAAAGUGUUUCAAGGAGCUGAGCCAGAAGAACGGCACCAUUCCAACCGAUAGCAAUAACGCCACCGCCGCAUCAUCUACUGCCACGCUCUCAGAGAAGCCGACGCAGCCCUCCACACCCACUCCAGCACUCGCACCGACAACAACUACGCCCGCAUCCACAACCCCAGCCAUAUUGCCCGCUGCGCCCACACCGGCGCCAUCCACACCCGAAAUCGCCAAUGCGCCAACGCCUACCCCAGAGAGCGGUGUGAGCACGCCGACAUCCGUCGUAUCCGACGUUUCCGAGGGUCUUGCACCGGGCGAGCGUCCUCCUCAAGUCAACAAGGGUCGAUGCUACCUCUGUCGUGCCAAGAUCCCACUUGCCAAGCAAGCCAUCAACAAGUGCCGAUGUGAAUUCGUGUUCUGCGACGCACACAAGGCGACGACGAAGCACGACUGCGACUUUGACUUUGCAAAGAUGGGCAAGGACCUGUUGACGAAAAACAAUCCAAAGUUGAACGACAAGCCAAGGGGAGGACGCAGCUUCACACGCAUCCAGGAAUAAAGAGCAUAGGACACCAAGACACCAAGACACCAGCCGUCAGGACCACAACAUCCAUCUAAUGCGAUGAGCGGUGCAGUUUAGCAUAUUAUGGAAAUAUGCUUGUCAACAAUAAAGCCGCGGAAGAUCAGACUGAGUUGGGCUUACUUAUACCUCCUGAACCUUUUAUUUUAUUCGAUAUAUUUUUUUAUAUCAUGGAUGCCCUCAGGGC